AUGUUAGAUAAUUUAAAAUAUAUAUUCAAAAAUAAAAAACUAAGUAAUGCAAUAAUAUUAAAAGAGUUUAAUUGCACAUUUAAAAAAUAUUUAAGAACAAGUAUAUUUAAAGAUGAUGAUAUUUAUUUAGAUCCAUUAGAAAUUCACAAUGAAGAAUUAUCUAAAACAAAUUAUUUAAAUAGUGCUAGAAUGGAUGACUGUGUGUAUAAUCGUAGCAAUGUAGGAAUGAACACAAUUAUAAUAAAUAAUAAAUAUAUGCACAUAAAAUUAAUUAAUAAAUUAUAUAAAGAAUUAAGAGAUAGUGAAGUUAAUUAUACAAAAAGAUUCAUAUUUUUAACAUCACUAUACAACAAUAUAUUUAAUUAUGGUUAUAAUUUAUAUGAUUUAUUAAAAAUACUGGAAAUAUAUCAAAAAACGAAAGACACAAAAUAUGCAGAGUUGUUUAAAAAAAUUUUACAAAAUAUAAAUGACUUGGCUUAUUUAAUAUUUUCCUAUAAAAAACCCUUAAUUUCUUAUUGUAAUGGGAAAAUAAAAGGAUCUUCUGGAUUUUUAUCAUUCUUAUCAAAUAACAGUUCUUCUUAUUUUCAUUCAUUUUAUUCAUACAACAAUUUAAAGUACUCUUUCUUACCAUAUGGUGGAAUUUCAUACAUUCUUGCAAAUUUAAGAGGAUCCUUAGGGUUUUAUUUAGCCUUAACAGGUCAGGAAAUUAAAUCCUCGGAUUUAAUUUGGUGUGGUUUAACAAAAAGGUGGUUAUCAGAAGAUAGUUUAGAAAUGUUUGAAAUAACGUCUGAGAGUCAAUUAGAAGUUUCUGAACAAGAUGCAAAUAUCUUAUUAGAAGAGCAUUUUUUAAAAGCUCCUCAAGUAUAUACAUUAAAAAAUUAUGAAGAAAUAAUUCAUGAACAUUUUAAACAUGAUAAUUUAAUAUACAUAAUGAAAAAGUUAGAUAAAUCAAGAAAAAGCGAAGAUAAAAAAGUAAGAAAAUGGGCUGAAGAAACGUAUGAAAAAAUAUACUUUUUACCUCCAUUGGCUACCCAUAUAACUUUCGAAAUUUUAAAUAUUUUAAGAAAUUAUAAAAUUGAAUUAUUAAAAAAGUGUCAAGUAAAUAAAAAUUUAUGGAAAGAGAUGAUAAAAAAUAGCUAUAAAAUACCAAGAACAAAAGAGGAAGUAAGUAUGAAUGAAUUGAAAUAUACAAUAGACAGAGAACUUUUUAAUAAAGCUAUAAAUUUAGAAACCAAUACUUUUUUAAAUUUUAUUUCAUGUCCUGAUAUUCUGAAUGGAAUUACAUCUUAUUUAGUUAAAGAUACUAACUAUUCUUUUAACUGUAGUUAUUUGAACAGCAACAUUUUCGAAAUAAAAAAAGAUAUAAUUCAUUAUUUUAUUUAUUAUAAAAAUAAUUACGAAUUUUUAGUUUAUGACAGACCUGAUAUAAGCUUUUCAAGCUUAAGCGUACUGGAAAAAUAUAAUCAAAAUUAUAAUAUUCAUAAUAAAACACCAUAUGACAAGCUCUUCUUUGCUAAACAAAAUGAAAGAUGGAGCGAUGACUACCUAAAGGAUGAUUUAGAAGAAAUCAAUAAACACUUUUCAUAA